AUGAAGAAGCUGUUCAAAAAGUAUGCAGCGAAGAAACUAAUUUCUCGUGGCGAAGAUGCCCUGGCUCCGACCAAAAAGCAAUGGGAAAACAUUUCACAAUAUCACCAAGGCAAAGUAUUGCAUCAUCGCACCCAUCCAGUACUCACCAGAAGAGGCUACGUGACUGAUGAAGCAAAGAUCAGGAAGCAUGAGGAGCUGAAGAACUUUGCAUUGGAGCUGUAUGACAUUGCGAAGAAGAUUGCCGAAAAAUGUGAAGAACAAAAAAUGACACGUAUCCUUGUCCUGAAGGAGGGCACUCAAGAGGAUCAACCAUACAAGCAGAGAAAGAAGUCGGUGACGCUGAAAACUCAGGAGGCACAUUCUGCAGACCCAGGACGCCUCAGAUCUGGUACCGUGUACAAGGACCUCCAUGAUGAUACGGAGGAGGAGUGUGAUGUUGAAGCUACUCAGAGAAGAAGAAUUAAAGGAAAAAUGCUCAGAGGGAGACCCAGACGCCCCUUCCACGGAUAA